AUGGGCGACCGUCGAGGCGAUGAGGGCAUGCGCCAGCAGCCCCCGUUCUCGUCCGGUCAUCAGGAGAGGGUCUAUGACGGCGGCGGCCCGGCGCCGUACGGGAGCGAUUAUGAUCCUGGAUCAUCAUACAUGUCGCUUCUCGGCACCGGCAUCAACAACCCCCAGCCGCCGCCGUGGGCUGUCGAGGAGGUCACUGCCGCGACUCCGAUUAAUCUGACGCCUCAGUUUUCCAUGGGAAACUACGUGCCGACGUCGUCCUACCAGCAACAGACCACCUUCUCACCCCUCGCCAACCUCCACCCCUACCAGUCGUCGUCAUCGUCAUAUUUCCACGCCGACCCGCCGACACAAUGGCCUCCACGAGCGACGCAGCCGCCCUCCUCUUCCCUGCUGCUGCCCCGCAACUUCGCGGUCCACCACACGGGGCCAUCCACGCACUACGAGCAGCACAUGCAACUAAUGCGCGCGGCGGCGCUCGGCAGUCAGCACGCGGCACCGGCGGCGCCUCCAAUCGAGCAACCGGCCAAGGACGGGUACAACUGGCGCAAGUACGGGCAGAAGCAGCUCAAGGACGCCGAGUCGCCGCGGAGCUACUACAAGUGCACCCGGGACGCCUGCCCCGUCAAGAAGAUCGUCGAGCGCUCCUUCGACGGCUGCAUCAAGGAGAUCACCUACAAGGGCCGGCACACCCACCCGCGCCCACCGGAGCCCCGGCGCGGCGGCCAAGCAGGUGGCGAUGAUGCCGCCGCGGCCGCUGCCGCCGCCGGGGCUGAGGAGGACGAGGCGAGCGACGACGAUAUGCUGAAUGAAGAUGGCGGCGACGAGGGCCAUGACAUUGGCAGCGGCGCAGGUGGUGCGGCGGGACAGAGGGUGGUGAAGAAGCACAAGAUCAUACUGCAGACGCCGAGCGAGGUCGAUCUCCUCGACGACGGCUACCGGUGGCGCAAGUACGGCCAGAAAGUGGUCAAGGGCAACCCCCGUCCCAGGAGCUACUACAAGUGCACCGCCGAUAACUGCAACGUGCGCAAGCAGAUCGAGAGGGCGUCCACGGAUCCCAGGUGCGUCCUGACGACGUACACUGGCCGGCACAGCCACGACCCGCCAGGCAGGGGUGCCGGAGCCGCCGCUGCUCCCACCGCUGGCGGCGGCUCCUCUUCCGAUCCUACGGGGAACCCGGCCGGCGGCACAUUGCAUCAGUCAAGUGGCACUCAUCGGCUGAAAGAAGAGAGCCGGGAUUAA